UCCUCCACCUCUCCACACCUCACCUGUUGGCGAUUGGAGUUGCAUCUCCUGUAUAACAAGAUGCCUAGCUCCUGCAUUGACAUCCGAAACGCCCUCGCGCAAUGCCUCCAAGAAUCAGACUGCAUUAUGGUCCAGCGCCACAGCCCGCGCGACUGUCUCCGCGAACCGCUCGUCGACGAACUGCCCACGAAAUGCCAACAACUCCGUAAAGGAUUCAGCGAGUGCAAACGCGGAAUGGUCGACAUGCGCAAGCGAUUUCGCGGAAACCAGCCCAUCGCUGUCUCCAAGGAGCUGGAGGGCGGGAGCUCCCAGUCUGGGGGACAGCUGUAUGGUGGUAAGCCGGCGUUUGAGACGGUUAAGGAGGUGAAUGGGACUGAGGUUGAGAUGGAUCCUGAGAAGACGAGGGGUUUGUAAGUGAUAUUGUACGGUGCGAAGAAUUGAAGGGUGGGGGUAAAAGAAGAAAAGAAAAGAAAAAGAAAAAAAGGUCGCAUGGGUAUCGCUAGGCUUGGGAGUUGUGAUUUUGUCUUUUUUAUUGGUUUAUUCAGCAUGGGAAGGAGUUGUUGAUGUAUGUAUAUUAGAUUAGGGUCGUCAUGCUAUAGGCCUUGUACAGUUUAGAUAUGUCUAUCCCUCUUCUUUUGGG